CUGGGAUUAAUUAGUCCACCUACCCACGUUGUUCGCCCGCGUUUUUGUUCGUGUUGGAUCUUUGCUCUUCUGUUGUAGAGUAGACGUUCUGGUGAUCCCACAUCUUCUUCGUCGUCUGUCUAUCGUUGUCUGAUUCUCCGUUUCCACAUAAUUCGCCCCCCAUGCGCUCCCACGCACGAACCGGCCUCAUCGCCGCCCUGGCCCUAGCAACGCAACUCCUCGUCGUCGUAUCCGCACAAGAAGACCGGCCCAAAGGAAACUUCCGCCAAUGUCUCGAAGUCAGCCCCGAAUGCCCCGUCUUCGCAACACUCUACGGGUACCGCCCUAAUCUAGGCGCCAACGCCUUUCUCUGCGCCCUCUUCGGCAUCCUCUGCAUCGGCACACUCGUCGUGGGCGUUCUGAGUCGCACAUGGACCUACACUGCCGCACUGGCUGUCGGAACUUUCCUCGAAGCAGCGGGAUAUGCGGGCCGUGUUAUCAUGAAUGACAAUCCAUGGAGCGAGUCUGGGUUCAAGUUGCAGAUUUGCUGCUUGGUUCUGGGCCCGAGUUUCGUUGCUGCCGCGAUUUAUCUCACGCUUAAGCACUUUGUCUUGUACUGUGGACCCCAGCAUUCGCUGCUCAAGCCGCGUCUUUACCCUUGGAUCUUCAUCGGUUGCGACUUCGGUUCCAUCGUCCUCCAGGCUUGUGGCGGUGGUAUGGCGGCUGCGGGUGGCACGACGAAUAAGGCGCUCAUCGACGCGGGCAACAACCUUAUUGUUGCCGGUAUCGCGUUCCAGGUCGUCACCAUGGCAGUGUGUGGCGCUCUCGUCGUCGUCUACGUGUUCCGGUACCGCAAAGCGAGGAAGCAGCAGGCUAUGGGCGAGAAGAGCUCGUAUGAGAUGGACAAAGAGACUGGAACUGUGCGCUUGGCUAAGAUCAAGCUGUUUGGUUGGAUGAUUGUCCUCGCGUACACGACUGUACUUAUCAGGUGUAUCUACCGUUUGCCCGAGAUGGCUGGUGGAUGGGGAAACUCGCUCAUGAGGAACGAGAAGGAGUUCUUGCUCCUCGAUGGAAUGAUGUUGGCUAUUGCUUGCACGGUACUGACGUGCUUCCACCCUGCCUACUUCUUCCCUCCUUUCGCUGCUUUCCGCAGCCGCAAGUAGCUUUUUCUUUUCUGUCACCAAUAUUAGAUAAUAGAUAUUUGCGUCUGUUGUAGCGGUCACUCCGCAUCAUCUUAGCGUUACGACCUUGAUAGCCUUUCCAGCAUAGCGAUAUUCAUCAUAGACAAGAUUUCUAAUUUCACAUGACAUGAAUGACUUCACUAC